AUGCUGGACGAGCUGGUGGCGCUGGUGGAGGAGCAUGCUGUCUAUGCAGAAUUUGUCAGGCAGCACGGCGCGGAGACCAUCGUUAGUCUCCUGGACAUCACCAAGGACGAGGCUGCCACUAUCACGCCGUACCUGCCCUUCGUCACGAAGCAGAAGGAGCGGGGCUCUGUCACGAAGGGUCCUACUUAUAACUGGAAGAAGACGCAGGUUUGCCGCGUGAGCUACAAGAGCGAGGACCUUGAAACCUGUGGUGCUAUGACUCCGAGGGCUCGUGCCGCGUAUGACUGGCUCAUGGCGCACAACCGCACCUAUCGGCGCUAUGUUAUUCGGCACAAGCAUCAGCUGGCCGCCCCUGUGGAGGACCGGGAGAUGUACAUUGCCACCUAUCGGUUGCUCAUCCAGUGUCGCGGCAUCGAGGUGGCGCUGCAUCCCGUGCUCUAUCCCUGGGAGGUCUUUAGCGACAGUGACGUCAGCAGCUGGGCCAAGGACCGCGAGCUGGUGAAGCCGUCCCAGCAGCCCACUAUCAAGUCCAGCUUCCUGCGGAAGGUGCACUCCCGCUGUCGGACCUAUGGCGACGCGGAGGCCGUGCCGGACCUGGCCUUCCUGCUCUAUGAUAUGGCAACCGCGCAGCGCAUCUACGCCAGCCUUGCCAUCGCGGAGCGCCAGGGCAUCACGCCCGAUCAGGACAUCCUAUGUGACGUCGUUCGCCAGCACGCUCUGUUGCGUGGGGUGGUGAAGGCCUUCCCCAACCUGUUCAUCACCAUCGCUCCGGCGGAGUGGAAGGUGCUCCUGCACGAGCCUCUAUUUGCCGACUGGAAGGCCGCGGAUCGCUUGUCGGCGUGCCAGGGGUUGUUGGCAGAGCACAUCUAUGAGCUGCUCUAUGAUGGCAUGAAGCAGAUUCUCCGCCCGAGCGAGUUCUUAGAGGAGCUCUCAGACUAUGUCAUUCGCCUGGAGUUCCAGGGCCGCAAGACAGAGCACAUCCAUAUUGCGGCCUGGGUGCUCCCCAAAGGCCGUCUAUCUGGUCGUAACGGCCAGGCGGACCGGUCCGCCUCCGUCAUGUUCCUGGAGGAGGUGUUCCGCGGCUCCGUGGACGUGCAGGAGGGCUAUGGGUUUUUGAACUAUAUCAACGGCUACGUCGUGAAGGCCAAUCAGUCUAUGGAUUUUCAGCCCGACGCGGCUCGAAGCGCCGGAGAUGAACACUCGGCGUCUCUGGAUUUCGCGGGUGCCAAACACAUGUUUCGCACGUUCGGCGUCGACAACGCGUGCGCUAUCAUACCCGCCGCGGAUGACAGGCACAUCAACGACACCAAGCGGCUGUAUAAAUUAUAUCUCAAGCGGGCUUGUGUUGGGAAUGAACCGAGGCCGUGCGGCAGCUUUCUCAGCUACCUCCGCGUCUAUAAACUUGCGGAUGGGGACCACAACAGGGUCAUCCAGCGCAGAGGACGUGGUGAUGACUCCCGCGUGGCGGUGGGCGUCCGCUAUGCAUUUGAGAUGCAGGAUAAUUUCAUCGGCCAGUUCUGCACUAUGAUGUUCCCGCACGUGGCUGGCACUUUUGUUCCUCCAUUAGAUAGGGAUCCCGAGCUCAUCCCCUUCACGAAGCACUAUCUCAAGGCUGUGAAGUAUCUGCGGCACCUCGCGUGCCUGAAGGGCACGCGUCCUGCUUGCGAGCAGUCUAUCCGCCUGCAGGCGCAGGCCAUGCUGCCGCGGGAGGCCGGGGAGGCAGAAGAAGUUUAUGAUGAACGCGUUCUGGCGAAGAUGGAUAAUACUUCUUGGAUAGGCUUCGCCACGGAGGCCAAUCGUAUCGCCGAGCUGUGCGACGCUUCCGUGGAGUCUAUAGGUCAUCGUCUUCAUGAGUCUAGCUGGGAGCCCUUCGACAGUUGGCCCUGGCUCCCACCGCCUGACUCCGUCUCCGAGGACGCCUCUAUCCGCCCGGCAGAUCAACUGUUCCAUCCUCUGAGAUGUGCUGACGAUACUCAGGGCGCCUAUGGUAAGCCUUUCCACUGCGUCGACGCGGCGCUUCAUUAUCUCGAGGACGUGAUUGUUGCGGAUCUGCGCAUCCGCGUGUCUCUCGGGCGUCAUUGGUCGUUCCGGGCGCGGCUCCAUGCCGUGCACGUUUACUAUAACCACAUGCAGUUCUGCUUUGAUAAUCCCGAGGCUAUCCCGCCGGAUGUUCGCCGCAGGGCUGACUGCCUGUUGCCGGACAUGCAGAACCGAUACUACGAACAGUAUAAGAGAGAGUGGGGGAGAUGUCAGGCGCAUGCGCGGCCUCGCAUCACAUGGUCUGCAGACCAGCAGGAGGUGCUGAAAAUGGUAGACGGUGUGCUCUCCCGAGCCGAGGCUAACAUCGUCCAGCAGCAGUUCUACUACGUGAACGGGGAGCCAGGCAGCGGCAAGACGGAGGUCCUCUGCGAGGCUGCCCGCCGGGCCGCGGACGCUGGUCUCCACGUCCUGAUUCUCGGUCCCACGGGCACUCUGGUGCACACCUAUAAGACCAAGGUUCAGCGCGACAACAUCAACGUGGAGACCAUACAUUCCGCGUGGCACAUCUAUCGCAGGGCCGACACUGUUGUGGACUAUGCGCCGCCGUCGCGCUUGCGCACCUAUGAUCUAUUCAUCAUCGACGAGGCGUCGCAGAUCGAGGACGACGUGGCCGUCCGCUUGCACAACGGCUUUAGGGAGUUGCCGCAGCGGCCCACUAUCUUCUUUGCUGCGGACUUCCAGCAGCUGAAUCCGCUCGGUAGUUCGUCGGCUAUGCGCACGUGGAUCACUGUCAUGACCACUAUUUCGCUGUUCACUAUACAUAGGACAAAUGAUGAUCGUCUAUUAUCUUUCCUGCGAAAUGUCCGGGUGAAGCAGCCGAGCAAGGCAGUUAUUCUGGCCUUCUUCGCUGGGCGUACCUGGGACUCUAUCAGCUUGGAGCAGGCCGUGCGGAGGGGCAUGCAUCUCGGCGCUAUUCUCGAUGAGCCCUUCCACUGGCUCACCGUUACCAACAAGGGGGCGGAGGCUGUGAAUCUUGCGUGUCUGUCGGCGCGCGGCUACGACAAGCCUGAGAACUUAUCGCCGCUCUGCGGCGACCUCAAGGUGCUAUACCUCGAAUGGGUUGUCGGGGGAUGGCCUGGGCAUUUCGCGGCAUGCCCAUGUAUCGGCCAUGCAUCUGGCUGUCUAUCCUUCAUGGAAUGA